GCAGCCCGCCAGGACCGCUGGCGUCAGACGGUCUCUCUGGCUUCCCCCAGCAACGGCCGCUCUCGGAUUACACCCUCGGCCGGGGCUUGGCGGGCGCGCGGCGACCCGGCCCCUCGGCGGUCUCCCAAGUUAGCCGGCGCUAGCAGCGCCACGGCACCACCUCCGACUUGGCGGAGCCGGGAGAACACUGAGCCAGGUCAGCUCCACAGCACUCCGCUGCGGGGGUGGGGGGGCACCUUCCCCACUACCUCCCCCCACCCCGCCCGCACUGGUCCGGGCCAGGCGCCCGCAGAGAGGGGAGGCGGCGGGGGAAUCUUCCCGGGCCACCGCCUCUUGGGCGGCACGGGGUGCGUUGGGGUCCGGGGACGGCACGGUCGGGCCGGGGUCAGACGCGGGAGUCUGGAGUCCCCAGUCCUGAGGUCGGGAGGGGUGGUGCGACCCUCUGUCCCCGCCCCGGGGGCGGAGCCGAGGUCGGAGCCUGCGGAGCCUGAGACUAGGCGAAAUCGGCCCGAGGCUCCCUGCCCGGCUCCAGCCUCCCCCUACCCCGCUCCAGACUCGGGGAGACCCGACCCCCCCUUCCCCUGUCCACCACCUGCAAGACCUAGCCUCCUGGGUCCCCGGCUCGGCCCACGGGCCCCGGAGCAGGUGCAGGUGCGGCUUCCCCAUCUCUCUCCCACCCGGGCGCAUCCCGCUGGGCGGCCAUGGCGCGAGGAGACGCCCCGCAGGACAGGCGAGUUGGGGACCGGAUGGGCUACCACCUGGUCGGGAUCAGCUUCUUCAUCCUGGGGCUGGGCACCCUCCUUCCCUGGAACUUCUUCAUCACAGCCAUCCCGUACUUCCAGGGGCGUCUGGCAGGGGCCAACGGCACCACUGAGACCCUGGGCACCAACCACAUGAGCCCUGCAGAUACCUUCAACUUCAACAACUGGGUGACACUGCUGUCCCAGCUGCCUCUGCUGCUCUUCACACUCCUCAACUCCUUCCUGUACCAGUGCAUCUCUGAGACUGUGCGGAUUCUGGGCAGCCUGCUGGUCAUCCUGCUGCUCUUUACCCUGACGGCGGUGUUGGUCAAGGUGGACAUGAGCCCCGAGCCCUUCUUCUCCAUCACCAUGGCCUCUGUCUGGUUCAUCAACUCCUUCUGUGCGGUUCUGCAGGGCAGCCUCUUUGGGCAACUGGGCACCAUGCCUUCCACGUACAGCACCCUCUUCCUCAGCGGGCAGGGCCUGGCUGGGAUCUUCGCUGCUCUUGCCAUGCUCAUGUCCAUGGCCAGUGGCGUGGAUGCCCAGACCUCCGCCCUGGGGUACUUCAUCACGCCCUGCGUGGGCAUCCUCAUGUCCAUCGUGUGUUACCUGAGCCUGCCCCACCUGAAGUUUGCCCGCUACUACCUGGCCAAGAAACCAUCAAAGGCACAAGGUCAAGAGCUGGAGACCAAAGCUGAGCUCCUCAAGCCUGAUGAGAAGAACGGGAUUCCCAACAGCCCCCAAAGGGCAGUGCUGACUCUGGACCUUGACCCUGAGAAGGAGACAGAGAUGGAGCCAGAGGAACCCCAGAAGCCAGGGAAACCUUCAGUUUUCAUUGUCUUCCAGAAGAUCUGGCUGACGGCGCUGUGCCUCGUGUUGGUCUUCACAGUCACCCUGUCCGUCUUCCCAGCCAUCACAGCCAUGGUGACCAGCUCCACCAGCCCUGGGAAGUGGAGUCAGUUCUUCAACCCCAUCUGCUGCUUCCUUCUCUUCAACGUCAUGGACUGUCUGGGACGGAGCCUGACUUCUUACUUCCUGUGGACAAAGACAGCCGGCUGCUGCCCCUGCUGGUCUGCCUGCGCGUCCUGUUUGUGCCACUCUUCAUGCUGUGCCACGUGCCCAAGAGGUCCCGGUUGCCCAUCCUCUUCCCACAGGACGCCUACUUCAUCACUUUCAUGCUGCUUUUUGCUGUUUCAAAUGGUUACCUGGUGUCCCUCACCAUGUGCCUGGCGCCCAGGCAGGUGCUGCCACAUGAGAGGGAGGUGGCCGGCACCCUCAUGACCUUCUUCCUGGCUCUGGGGCUCUCCUGUGGAGCCUCGCUCUCCUUCCUCCUCAAGGCGCUGCUCUGAAGUGCUCCGUCCAGGUCUCUCCCAGCAUCUUCUCUUCGGAGCUGAAACCCAGCACAGGGGGAAUGGUGGGCCAGGCUCAAGCCUCGGCUGGGCUGGGGCCCCGCGGUCCGAGGGUCCCAGGAAGAGGCGGGUGCUGCUCUCUUUCCUGGGCUGGUGGCCACCUCGGGUGCUGCAAGGAAGAAUUCACCACCUGCCAUUCUAACCCUCCCCAGGAGUGGAGUUGACGCAGAGACAGACUAUCUAGAUGCACACAGACCUCACUGAAAGGAUGAUGAUCAGGAAAAAGAGGGCCGAGGACAAUGGCCCUUCCUCACCACCAGGAGUGCAUUUGUUAAUCGUGAGAAACUCACUGGCCAAGUGCUGGGGCUCAGAGGCCACAGGUGGGAACUUGCCAACUGUGUGGCUCGUGUGGCCGCAGCUUCAGAUUCAGAGUGGGAGUGGGGACCAGCCCUGGACAGGAGCUCCUCUUCUCUCCAGGCCUCAGUGACACCAUGGUCAAGUCUCCUGGACUCCAGAACAGAGGAUUCCAGGGAAGUUGAGGGGACAGGGAGAAGGAGUUCAGGAUCUGAGGGUGCUCGAAGGACCCUCUGGGCCUCAAACAGGGUUUUCGUCGCCAGCAUUUACUGUGUCCACUCCCCAGAGCCCAGCUGGGCCUGGGUCGCAGAACUGCAGUUAGCCUGCAUGUGUGCGCCGCACUUUACAGUUUGCAAAGCUCUUCUGCACCCGCUGUCUCACUGAAGCCACACUGAGGCCCUUGGAGGGAGGCCAGCAGGGAUUGUGCUCCCCUCUGUACAGGUGAGGGAACCGAGUCCCAGGGGGAAGUGACCAGUUCUUGGCAGAGCCAGGACCCAGCCCCCACCUCCCUGUAGGUGCUGUUCUUCCUGCCCACGGCCUGCUUCCCUUUUCCUUGAGGGGCUCAAGGCGAGAGCCCUAAGCACUUACUCCACCUUUUUGCUUGUUUUUUCUCUCUGACCCUGCUCCUGGGUCUAAUAAUAACCUUCUCCAUUUGUACAAUGAA